CUUUAAACUGGACUCUUCACCCGCAUCCUCUUGGAAUGUGGACAUUCAUUUGACUGGUGAUUUUACCUAAUGCCUUUUCUUUGCCCAGAUUGCUUAAUUGCAGCAUUCUCCCCCAGACUGCGGUUGAUUAAAAAUGACCGGGCUACGGGCAAACUCCUCAAUCGACCUUGUGGAAAUGUCGCGCUCCACGGAAGUGGCGGCCUCCAUUGCCCGUCGCGAUGUCCUCGGCAUCGUGGGUCUAUUGCUUGGUUUGGCUAUGGUCGGUAUGGCCAUACCAGCGUUUAUUCCUCAAAAAGAGCCGGUUGGCACACUCGUCAAGGUUGGGACCGGAUCCCUUCGGGAGAAAUAUAGUUCCUCUGGAAAUAUCCCGGGAGUCUCUGUAUGGAGCGUACACGGGAAAAGACUUGGUCACGCAGUCGGAACCAAAAAACGUGUUUACAACGGUAGCCCUGUUGAUAUAUUGGUGAAACAUUACCACGAACUCGGUCAACCACUAGCUGAAUAUAUCUCAAUAACUAAUGGUGGAAUCGAUGCAAUUUGCGUUGCGUAUAUUGGAAUGAAAUGGAACAAUGACGUUUACGGCUGGAUCGGCGACGUUGGAGGUAUAUGCGGGGCGGACUGGUAUUAUACCGAUACAGUGCUCAAGAGCAAAGGAGGCACGCCCACAGCGCAAUUCAACCCGAAAUGUAUCUGGAUCGAUCGGGACCGUAGCUCCGGAUUUCGAACUCAAGGGAUCUCAAUGCAUAUUACGGACUUCGAUGUUUCUGGGGAAGGCCGUAAGAUGCAAUAUGCCAAAUACCCGGAAACCAUGUGCAGCAGGCCACGAUUCCAUGCGUAUGAGUAUAUGAAAACGGAAGACGACAUCUAUAUAUUUGAUCCACCCCUCGAGUAUGGCCCUGGUCUUGUGGAUAAGGACAUCAGAAAGGUGCUUGUGGGCGGGAAACUCACUGAGGACGGAAGACGGCCGUACAGGGCUCGCAGAAAUGACGACUACUACCGAAUGCCCCGCUCUCGGCCUAUUUCUCGGCGUCAACAGAAACUCCGCUCCCAGUUCAAGAGAGAAGUAUUGGUUGUGAGCGGCUCGCCGUACCAUAAGGCGGAGGAGCUGUGCCAGAGCCGAACCUCGGUUGGGCCUGACUUUGUCUCACUGAGCGAUAACCUGUUUUGCGACAUGGAACAUAGAGAGGUUUGGCCGUUAUGUAACAACGGGACGGCGACACAUGGUUGCUUUGAUGUUGAGGAAAGGACUAUGAAGGGUGGAGCGAUUGGAGCGAGAGACUCGAUUUCUGGACGAGCUAUCCCGCGAAAGUCGUAUAGAACCGUGACAAACUGGUAA